AUGGGAUUAAAUGAUACAAACUGUACAGACCAUUGUAGUCGUCAUUGCCUAAAUGGAUGCAAUAACGAGACAGGAAUCUGCAUAGGCGGAUGUAAAGCUGGUUAUGAAAGAGAACAAUGUGAUAAAGUUUGUGACGACGGACUAUUCCGGUACAACUGUUCCAAACAAUGCAGUCAAAAUUGUGCAAACCAGUCUUGUAACAGUGAAGAUGGCACGUGUAAACAUGGAUGUAAUCCAGGAUGGAAAAAAUUAAAUUGCUCUCAAGCAUGUGAAAGUGGAAAAUAUAGAAAGAAUUGUGAAUUAUUCUGUAGAGGGAAUUGCCUUCAUAAUAAGACAUGCAAUCGAUUUAACGGAAGUUGUGAAAAUGGUUGUAGUCCAGGAUUUUCCGGGGCAUUUUGUGAUAAAGAAUGUCCCUCGGGCUUUUAUGGUACAAACUGUACAGCACAAUGCAGCCCUAAUUGCCUUAAUGGAUGCAAUCACGUGAAAGGAACUUGUAAAGGCGGAUGUAAAAUUGGAUAUAAAAGGGAACUUUGUGACAAAAUUUGUGACAACGGACGCUUCUGGUACAACUGUUCGAAACAAUGCAGUCAAAAUUGUGCAAGUCAGUCUUGUGAAAAGGAAGUCGGCACAUGUAUUCAUGGCUGCAAUCCAGGAUGGAAAGAAUUGAAUUGUUCUGAAGCGUGUCCACCAGGAACGUAUGGAAAUAAGUGUCAACAGCAUUGUAGUGGUCACUGUGCCAAUGAUGAGACGUGUAAUCACGUGACCGGGUUCUGUGAAAAUGGGUGUGUAGAUGGAUAUAAUGGGUCAUUAUGUGAUUCAAAAUGUUCUCCGGGGUUUUAUGGUAAAAACUGUCAUUGUAAGUGCACAGGACACUGUUUCGAAAAUACAACCUGUGAUUCAGUAACGGGAUAUUGUCUGCAAGGAUGUAUGGAAGAAUACAGUGGGUCGAGAUGUGAUAUACUCACACAGAUGACUUAUAUAGCAUACUUACAUAAUUGGAUAUAUGGAUUAUCAGGCAGUACAGCUGGACUUGCUUUGUUAUUUGUAUGCUGUGUAAUAAUAUUUUGCAGACAGAAAAAUAAAACGAAGAAGAGCAAAGCCAAACAAAACGCUGCUCGUUAUGUGCAGAAAGAAGUAAAGUUGACACCUUCAGAUGUGACAAAAACAUAUCGCCAAGCUCCACAUGUUUAUCUAGAGCUUGAAUAAUCUUAUAUUCAAAAUAUCUUUAUUUAGCAUUGUAGUAUUCGUAAAAGCUUUGGAAAUAAAUACUUAU